CUUCUACUGCCUCUGGCUUUAUUGCGUCGCCGAUUGUGAGCGUAUCCAUUGGCAUAUUAGCUAUUUGCAGGUAUUCACGUGACAAUGGCGGCGGGGUCCGCCGAUUGAAGACCCGGCGCACAGCUUACAGCCAGAGCUCUGUCCAGCCUUCGCGAAGAUCAGUGUUAGAAUGAGCCCUCUUGACAGUUGAGUUAGGUUUUUCGCUUGCCGGCGCCCUCAGGAAUUGAAUCUUCUUUUCUGAUCCGUGCUCAUGGAGGCAGCGGGGCCCAUGAUUGACAGUGCAAACGGGGUUUCGUCGAACUGGGGCGAGGAGGGCUUGCAGGAAGCUGAUGAACAAAGGCCCGAGCAGGAAACCCCGAGUUCGCGGUAUGGUACCAGUCAGGAUGGACAACCGCCGUUGUGGGUGCGGCGAUGGGUAGAAACCAGCUCCUCCAUCGCGCCCGGUAAAAUCCAGGUUCUCAAGUGGGUUAAGUACGACCCACAAGAUGACGUCAGCCAAGGAACGCCUGCUCAAACUGAAGCGCCGUUAACUUCACCGACCUCGGGGCAGAAGCGGAGGCGCAGAGAAACGCCCAACCAGGAGAUUGUGUGCCCCUACGAGGGUUGCGGGAAAGUGUUUCCAGACAUGGGGGCCAUUCGGAAGCACGCGAGGAUCCAUGGGGAGAAGGCGUAUCAGUGCACGUUCGAAGGCUGCGGGAAGCGAUUUGUGGACAGUUCCAAGUUGAAGCGCCACUUUUUGAUCCACACCGGAGAGAAGAGCUGGAUCUGCCCCUACGAGGGUUGCAGAAAGGCUUUCUCUCUUCCAUACAACCUGCGGUCACAUGUGCGGAGCACUCACGACCCGGAGUUUACCUAGCAAUUGGUAGCGUUCGUAUGGACCCCGUUCACGUUCAUAGCUGGAGAACCAUAUUUCCGAUCAGAAGAAGGAGCGUCUUCUUCUGCAUCGGCCUGUGGCUUUCUAAGUGACUCCAAUCGGUUGGUAGCUUUGCCUACAAGUCUACCUGAAGCUGGACUGAUGUAGGUCAGUUUCGAAGUGGGCGGCCGCGCCCAUCUUAAUUUCUACGUUUGGAUCGAUGUUGCUUUCUUUCCCUGAUGGGCUACCUAUCGUUUAAUCCUGAUCUCCAACUUAUCGUCUCCUGUUUAGAGGUUUGCAUACUGGGGGAUCAGCCUGAAACACCUAACAACGGCAUGCCAGUAAGCUUUCUGGCUCUAUUUAUGAUCACGACUAGUGUUGCUUGUUGCAUGGCGG